GGCAGACGCCUCUUCGUCCGCACUAUUUCCGUCCCCUUGCCCUCCCACACAAUCGCCGAGUGUCCGAGACGCAGCCGCCGCCGCCGCCGCCGCGCACCCAUCGCCUCCUCCUCACAUCGCACCCCCGAGCAGCCGAAUCCUCCGUCGCGCGCCGCCCCUUCCUCCCCGCUCUCCGCCGCUGCCCGUGCCGCAGGCGCGGGCGGACUCUCUCGGUAGAUUGGGAGGCUAGCUGCUUACAAUUGAGUCUUUGACUUGCUUUUGUUGUUGUCACAAUGUCAGGCCUACUGAAUUCAAACCUGAACAAUUCUGCAUCAAACCUUCAAGACUCAUCUGGAAGACCGUUUACAGCAUCCUUUUCUGGUCAAUCUGGAUCAGUUCCAGGGGCGUUCCAUCACUCUGGCUUGCACAACAUCCAUGCAAAUUUUAAUCUGCCAAAUAUGCCUGGAUCGCUUGCUCAGAGGAAUGCUGCCAUGAGUGGCCUUCCAUCCUCUGGGGUUCAACAGCCUGGAGGGAGCAUUUCUGCAAGAUUUGCUUCAAACAACCUUCCAGUUGGAAUGUCUCAGCUUCCUCAUGGGCAUUCAGGAGUCAGUUCUAGAGUGAAUGUUGGCGGAGGUCCAGCAUUUAGUAGUAGCUUGAAUAUUGGAGGUACCAUUCAAGGCUUAUCCUCAAACUUGGGUGCUGGUGGUAAUCGGAAUUCUGUUCCUGGGAUGUCAGUAUCUCCAGCUUUGGGAAAUUUGGGCCCUAGGAUCACUGGUUCUGUAGGAAAUAUUGUGGGUGGAAGUAACAUUGGAAGGAAUAUAAGCUCUGGUGGAUUAUCUGUGCCAAGCAUAGCAUCACGCAUGAAUUUGAGUGGCAAUAUUGGCAGUGGCGGUCUAAAUGUCCAAGGAUCCAGCAGGAUGAUGAAUGGCAUUCUUCAGCAAGGAUCGCCUCAAAUGAUGAACAUGAUGGGGAGUUCAUAUCCGACGUCUGGAGGUUCAUUAUCUCAGAACCAAAUACAAGGAGGAAAUAAUUCCCUUGGUUCCAUGGGGAUGCUGCAUGAUGCCAAUGACAGUGCUCCAUAUGACAUGAAUGAUUUUCCCCAAUUGACUGGUCGACCUAGUUCUGCUGGUGGUCCGCAAGGACAAUAUGCAGGCUCACUGCGGAAGCAAGGAGUUGGUGUUAACACCAUUGUUCAACAAAACCAGGAAUUUAGCAUUCAAAAUGAAGACUUCCCAGCUUUACCUGGAUACAAAGGUAGCACUUCAGAUUAUGCUAUGGAGUUGCAUCACAAGGAACAACUUCAUGAUAAUGUGCCUGUUAUGCAAGCACAGCAAUAUCCGAUGUCAAGGUCAGUUGGCUUUAAUUUAGGAAGUAACUACCCACCAAAUCGUCAGCAACACCAGCAAGGUGCUAAUUCAGUUCAGAAUGCUGGUCCCCAAAAUAUCGGAUUAAGAUCUUCUGCAAGUCAAACUUCUAGUUUGGGAUCAUACGAGCAACUUAUCCAACAAUACCAGCAGCCUCAAACUCAAAAUCCUUUCAGAUUGCAGCAGGUGUCUUCAGCUACACAGUCAUACAGAGAUCAAAGUCUAAAGUCCAUCCAGGGAGGGCAAACACCACCUGAUCCUUAUGGUUUGAUGGGAUUGCUGGGAGUUAUCAGGAUGAAUGAUGCUGACUUAGCAUCUCUUGCUUUAGGAAUGGAUUUGACAACAUUGGGUUUAAACUUGAACUCACCAGACAAUCUAUACAAGACAUUUGGUUCUCCAUGGUCAAAUGAGCCAGCAAAAGGAGAACCUGAGUUUCAUAUUCCAGCUUGCUACAAUGCUGAGCAACCUCCACCGCUACAACCUAUACAUUUUCAGAAGUUCCAGACGUUAACGCUGUUUUACAUCUUCUAUAGCAUGCCAAGGGAUGAAGCUCAGCUAUGUGCUGCUAGUGAGCUUUACAACCGAGGAUGGUUUUAUCAUAAAGAAGUGCGAGUGUGGCUCACAAGAAUUCCAAAUGUUGAGCCUCUGGUCAAAACUCCUCAUUAUGAACGAGGGUCUUACGGUUGCUUUGAUCCAAACAACUGGGAGACAAUCCGCAAGGACAAUUUUGUUCUUCAUUAUGACCAAAUAGAGAAGAAGCCAGCUAUCCCAUCUUCGUCCCAAACUGUUAGGGGAAACAUUUCUUGAUACCUCCUGCUCAAGAACCUUCUUUCAUCGGGAGGAAGAAACUUUUGUUUAUGCUGAGGGCACAAUACCAUUGCCUAACUCAUAGGGACAGAGAAAACUCAUAGCUAGACCAUGCCGAUCUGCAGAGGGGAGGCUGCAGAACAAAAGCGGGAAUGCCUGCUUAGCCCUUGUAAUUAGAGUAAAAUGGUGAAGGUUUCAUUUUCUGUUUCAUACCCUUUGAGCAAAAGUUCCUUUAGAACUUCCCAACUUUUAGGAAUAAAAGCUUUCUUUACCGUUAAAGCUUCUGGUGACGAAACUUGGUUGGCUUUGCACAUAUCGACGUUAGUGUUUACCCUUCUUUUUAAAGAGUUAAUUUGCAGACAA